GAUAGAGCAUCAUAAAAAAGCGGCCGUCCCCUUGGAUUUGAGCUGUUGUUUGUUUUGCUCAUCACCAUCAACUCAACUAACACACUCGCUUCAACCCCAAGGUCUCUCUCUGUCUGCAUACUUCAGUUGAACCACCACCCACUCGUUAAAACUACAUAAUAAUAAUCACAAUGCGCGCCUCAUUCUUCGCCGUUGCCGUCGCCGCCGCCGCCGUCCAGGCCGCUCCGGUCAUCGAGACGCGCCAGGACGUUCCCCCCAUCCCGGCCGCCUGCACUCCCGCCCCCGGCCUCGACACGGCCGCGACCUACGACAAGGUCCUCGCCUUCCAAAAGGUGUACCUGUUUGACAAGGACAUCACCGAGACGUUCAAGUACUUUUCCGCCGACUUCCAGAGCAAGCAGCGCUUCGUCACCUUCAACAGGGAUCAGUACUGGGCCGUCUCCACCGUCCAGGGGUGGGGCCAGACCGCGAGCUACCCCACCGACUCGUCCUUCUCCAACGGCCGCGCGCACGUCGCCUACGACCUGGGCCCGCAGAGGACAGGCCACGCCGGUGACGACUUUGUCUGGAAGGAUGGCUGCAUUAUUUCGGAGCAGCAGACGAGGUCUUGAAUGACGCCUUGUGGGAACAAAAGGGGGUGACUAGACAAUAUCUCAAGUCAUUUCCGAGGAGAGAACAGACGACAAAAGUUUAUUGUAAUUACCCUAAUGAAAACUGUCUCUCAAUUCCAAAAUCCCCCAAGGAACAGAGAUGUUGUUUGAUGCAGACCAUUUACUGUGAUUUGUCAACCAUCGAAAAACUAUACCACGGUAUCGCCCUUAUUCUGCGUUGAAUCUUUUGAUACCCCG